AUGGAUCAGCGAAACCAAGUUGCGUACAAUGAACAUCAGUUAUAUAACUGGUCUUCAUAUGAUCAGAGUGAUGGGCAAGUCGCGUCUUCAAGAUUGAAAAAAUUGGAUUCUUUAGACACUACUGAUUCGACUUAUUCCAAUAAUAUUUCUUUAGAACUCUCCGGUACCCCCCUAGAAGAUGUAGCUUCUGUUACUGCCGUUGUGCAACCUUCAUUAAACCCAAGGGUAGAGACAUGUAUUGCACCGGUCUUUCCAACACCGCAGUCGACCUCGCUCAGAGAUAUUGGUACAGAAGGUACACCUACACUUCCACAGACUGAUUUUCUCCGGAAAUCUUUUUCAACGCAGAUAGAUGAACUCAUACGUGCGUCGCACUCUAUGCAUCAUUUGAGAAGUUCUACAUCUGAGACAUCUGGGUCUUUAUUUUCCACCAAUUCCUCGUAUGUUUCAACCAUCGGGAACGCUUUUUCAUCACUGGGGAAAGGACUAACGGGGACCUUAUGCUCAAAGAAAACGACAUGUGAAGAUAAUAAUGUAUUCGAAAGAGAUGACGACGUUUCAGAUGUUUCGAUGCGCCAUGAAAAACUUUCGCCUCUGAGCAUUGAAAUGGAAGCCAGUCUGGAUAGGCACGAGGUGCCCAAGGCUCUUGGUGGAGAUGAUCUCAGAGUGAUUGCAUUCAACCCAGUCCACAAGUCCAAUAGGAAACAAGGAGGGGGUAAGUCAUCUAUUCUUGUGAAUGAACGACUUCCUGUAAAUACUGAAGCUGAGUUCCGACAGUACCGCUCUUCUUUUUCUGAGUCUAUUAACGUGACUACAGUUAAAGGGUAUUCCAAUGUUGUUACAAAAAUUCAAUUGACAGAACAAAUCGACAAAGCCAUAUCGCUUAUUGAAGGCAUCCAUGCUGCACUCGACGAGGCUGAGAAACUUAUAUGUCCUUCUUCAAUACUCUCUGGAAGUAUGCGGAUGCAAUCCAAAGUUUGCCCUUCUAAAGGGCAAACCUUGGCGAUAGUUCAGCUAUGUGCUCGUCAACAUCUUCCUUUUUUUUCAUCCACACAGCAUGUGUUGGAGCUAAGCCCUGAAGAUCGUAUGAUCUAUGAAGCCAAAAAAAAUUCUCUACUACAACGCCUUCAAAAUCCUUCGUCUUUGCGUCGUGCUUCUGACAUAGCACAAGAUGGCAAUCUGGUACAUUAUGUGUGUGUGGCAACGCUCACAUCUGGCCAACAUGCCAUCGAUCUGGGCGCGGAAAUAUUCUUUGCUUGCACACGGCGCUAUAUUCUAUCAACUGAUAAUGUGAAGCUGCAUUUGCCGUCCACUAUGCCACUCGCAUCCAAAUGCUCUAGGGAAGUAUUAGAGCCAUCGGUCCUGAUUGGCUUUCCUUCUUUGUGUUAUGGCUUGUUUCCAUCUGCACAAACCAUUAAUACUGUACGAUUUCUGAAAGGUGUCUAUACAACAGUGAAACUGAUGGCACAAUUAGUUAAAUGUGACGUUAGAACACUCGAAACUUUGGGGCUAUUGAAGAUACUAAGAUAUGGUGGCUCUGACAAGUUGAUUGAUAUUUCCCCCUUUAGCGCAUUACACCCAUCAAAAGGGUAUGAACCUAUCUUAGAGAAAGUAUUCUGUGAUAGAAACAUUAGUCGUAGUGAGACUCCUAUGAAUUUUGGUGUCCGUGCUGAGUAUUUUAUCUUGACUAAAAUAUGUAAGAAUCCACCUCGCCGGCAGUGGGUUUUAGAACGCUUCAUUCUCCCCAGUGCCUUCCAGAGGGCUUGUAGCAUUGCUUCAAACAACCCUAUCCUCAACGAAUGGUAUGAGUACUUCUUGGCUUCAGUGACGCAUGAUAUGGAAGAUGCAAAUUCUGUUUGUUUGCAAUACCUUCACCAGCACAUUGGUCUUUCCCAUCAUUUGAAUGCUGCAACGGUGAUUAAACAUGUGGUAGCCUGUCAGCGUACAUUACCGCACCCCCCACACUCAACCAGUAUGCAUGAUCCCAUGAGUAGCACCAGUAAAAGCACGUGUAGCAGCAGCACCACGUUUUUUCUAAAUUUCAUUUGCUUUAAAGCCCCUGAAUUACCUAUGUGGGAAGAUAAAUCGAAGGCCUUGUUAACAGGAGAAAUUUGUAAGGGCACAACCGUACUUUACGACUGCUCCCCAAGUUGCGUUUCGCAUACCCUGGACCUGAUUAAUCAACAUCAAGACAUACUUUGGAAGGGUAGAGAAGAUAGUUUUUCUGAACUUCGUGUGAUUCUCAUGGGGGAUUUCGACGAUGCUAUGCCGGUUCUUGAAAGGCUGCCUUACGCAACCCUGAUCUCGCAAGUCUCGUGCUUUUCAAUGCACAAUACCCACAAUCUACAAGUCUCAUUGCAGCAAGUCCGAACUUUCGCUGAGACGAACUGGCCCGAGAGCUUUGUGUGGGACAAUCUUUCCGCGGCGCUGUGUUACCUGCAGAGCAUUCACGCACCUUAUGUUGUGUGUGCCACCCCGGCGAUGGAACGUAUAAUUACAGCCUUCUGCCUAGAGGCCUGUCGGUUGGUUUCUGUCUGUGACGCUGAAAAAGUUGAAAGGGCAGCAGUAAAGCAUCUCGGCCUCACUUUGGGACCUUUACGUCUCAUGGACAUUUAUGGAAUUCCUAAGUUAUUGCGUAUGUUCGACUCUGUAGCAGCUAUGGGGGCAAUACAUCCUCAUGGUGCCUCAAAAGGCGAGUUUAAGCAGCAAUUUCACUCAUUCAUUGUUCCAGAGACUUGUACAGGCGUAAUGGGGGCAUUACGCCUGAUGGAGGAGGACGGUUUUCUUGGCAAAAGUUGCAACUCUGGUGGCUUUUAUAUUUAUCCUGGUAAAGGAAAGCGAGAUUCGCUUCAAUUGACCCCAGAGGGUGUCUUAGGAGUUCCUGUCGAAUCAUGUAGGUCAGUGUCCUUGAACACAACUGCGAUUGGGCGAUAUCUUAAGCGCAAUCUGACUGCUAUGGAAAUUGCUGAUUGUCUGGUUUCAGUUGUUCUUAAUGUAUCUUGUGAGUUACUUGCUACCGGUGCAGUGCGCACUGUGAUGGAUGUGGACUUGCUUACCCUGAAUGCUCUAGGUUUUAAUGUUAGUACGGGAGGUGUCUUCACCUUUGUCCAGCAGCGUGUACCAGGUGGAGUUCCUGGCAUCUUGCAACGCAUGGAAGAUCUUGCAGAGCUCUACGGUAACCACUUGAAACCUCAUCCCUUGUUAUUCCGUAUGGUAAAUCAAAGUGUCUCAUUUGAUGCAUUAAGAGAAAACAACCAACUCAUGAGACAAAUUAUAUUAGAGAAAUGUUAA